CUUCAGUUCAAUGGCGGCAAAUUUUAUAUUUUGAUUUUUUUUUCCACGUGCUGGUAUUUAAAUCAAGAUUACUGCGGCUGUGAGACAGAAUUGAUAGGGUUUUCUCAGGUCAUCAAAGCAAAACAACAACAAAAUGGCAGCCACCUUAUUUCUUGAGGAUGGCAGUCAGUACAAAGGAAAAUUAUUUGGUGCUGCUGUUAGUGUACCAGGUGAAGUGGUUUUCCAAACUGGUAUGGUCGGCUAUCCAGAAUCCUUGACAGACCCCUCAUACCGAUCACAAAUUCUCAUACUGACAUAUCCACUCAUCGGAAACUAUGGUGUACCAAAAUACUCGGACGAUAAAUUUGGCUUACGUGAAACAUUUGAGUCGAGUGAAAUACAUACCUCUGGUCUCAUUGUUGGAGAUCUUUCUGAGGAAUACAGCCACUGGAGUGCAACUAAAUCUCUCAGUGAUUGGCUAGCUGAACAGAACAUUCCUGCCAUAUAUGAUAUUGAUACCAGGGAAUUGACCAAAAAGAUAAGAGAGACUGGCACAAUGCUCGGAAAGAUUGUUGUCGAUGGUGUUGAUCCUACGACUGUCAAAUUUGAUGAUCCUAACAAGCGCAAUCUGGUAGCAGAAGUCUCUCUGAAGGAGCCAGUGACCUACAACCCACAAGGUGACGUGAAGAUUAUGGCGGUUGAUUGUGGGAUUAAGCACAACCAGAUACGAUGUCUGUGUGAAAGAGGGGCUAGCGUCACAGUUGUCCCCUGGGACCAUAAACUGCAAAGCAAAGACUAUGAUGGUUUGUUCCUUAGCAACGGCCCAGGUGAUCCCCAGUACUGUCAGUCUACCAUUAACAAUAUAAGGACCGUAUUGGAAGAGUCUAAUCCCAAACCUGUGUUUGGAAUCUGUCUUGGACACCAACUGCUUUCACUAGCUAUAGGAGCAACAACAUUUAAGAUGAAAUAUGGCAACCGAGGUCACAACCAGCCAUGUUCACACAAAGACACGCAGAGAUGUUAUAUAACUACCCAGAAUCAUGGAUUUGCUGUCGACCCUGAAUCUCUACCUUCUGAUUGGUCAGUUCUCUUCACCAAUGAGAAUGACAAAACAAACGAGGGAAUUGUGCAUAAGGGUAAACCCUUCUUCAGUACUCAGUUCCAUCCUGAACACAUGGGGGGACCCCAGGACCUCGAGCUUCUCUUUGACAUCUUCUUAGACCAAGUGAGAGAUAGCAAGAUGAGCAACAGUCCUAUUACAGUGAGGGACCGCCUGACCAUGGCACUUAGGUUUAAUGGUGUUACUAAGGAGCCCUCUGCAGUCAGACCAAAGAAGGUGCUAUUGUUGGGUUCAGGAGGUCUUUCUAUCGGCCAAGCAGGAGAGUUUGACUACUCUGGAUCACAAGCCCUGAAAGCAUUGAAGGAAGAGGGCAUCCAGACUGUACUUAUUAACCCCAACAUAGCAACAGUACAGACCUCAAAAGGCAUGGCAGACAAAGUAUACUUCUUGCCUAUCACAGCUGAUUAUGUCCAACAGGUUAUCAAGAGCGAACGACCUGAUGGGAUUCUACUGUCAUUUGGUGGCCAGACUGCUCUGAAUUGUGGGAUACAGCUGCGUAAAUUGAACAUCUUGGAAAAAUACAACGUGAAAGUGCUGGGAACACCCAUACAGGCCAUUGAGUGGACAGAGGACAGGAAGAUAUUUGCUGAAAAAAUGUUGGAGAUAAAUGAAUCAGUUGCCCCUAGUGAGGCAGCUUAUAACCUAUCACAGGUUGAGGCAGCUGCUGAGAGGCUUGGCUACCCAGUCAUGAUCCGGGCAGCUUUUGCCCUCGGGGGCUUAGGGUCAGGGUUUGCAGAUAACAAGGCUGAGCUGUCGUCGCUCGCUCAAACAGCCUUUGCGCACACCAAUCAGGUUCUUGUCGAUAAGUCCCUGAAGGGCUGGAAAGAGGUGGAGUAUGAAGUGGUUAGAGAUGCUUAUGAUAACUGCAUAACAGUCUGCAACAUGGAGAAUGUAGAUCCACUAGGCAUACAUACAGGGGAAUCUAUAGUGGUUGCUCCCAGUCAGACUCUUACCAAUAUAGAAUACAACAUGCUUCGAACAACAGCCAUCAAAGUCAUCCGCCAUCUUGGAAUUGUCGGAGAGUGUAAUAUCCAAUAUGCUUUGAAUCCAGAAUCUCGAGAGUAUUACAUAAUAGAAGUUAAUGCCCGACUGUCCCGUAGUUCUGCCUUGGCCAGCAAGGCCACGGGAUACCCUUUAGCUUAUGUAGCUGCUAAGCUAGGAUUGGGUAUACCCCUUCCAGUUCUACGGAACUCUGUCACAAAUGAGACCACUGCAUGCUUUGAGCCUAGUCUGGAUUACUGCGUCGUGAAGAUCCCUAGGUGGGAUUUGAAGAAGUUCACACGUGUUAGUUCUAAGAUUGGGAGCUCCAUGAAGAGUAUUGGAGAGGUAAUGGCAAUAGGACGCAAGUUUGAAGAGGCAUUCCAGAAAGCUCUUAGAAUGAUGGAUGAGAAUGUCUGUGGACUGGAUACAAAUGGUAGAGCUGUAGAUGAUGAGGAACUAGCCCAUCCAACAGACCAGAGAAUCUUCGUAUUGGGAGCAGCAUUAAAAGCAGGCUAUACAAUAGACCGACUCUAUGACUUGACAAAAAUUGACAAGUGGUUUCUUUGCAAAUUCAAGAAUAUUAUUGAAAUGGAAAGACAGCUGGAAUCAAAUGAGUUGCCAACUGAGCUAGGGGCUGAACUUUUACUGAAGGCAAAGCAGCUUGGGUUUUCAGACAUACAGAUUGCUAGAGCCACACAGAGCACUGAGCUUGUAGUGAGGCAGACCAGAAUAGCACACAACAUCAUGCCAUGUGUAAAACAAAUAGACACAGUGGCUGCAGAAUGGCCUGCUCAUACAAACUACCUUUACCUGACAUACAAUGGGAAGUCUAAUGACAUUGAAUUCACAGGGGGCUACACUAUGGUGCUAGGGUCAGGUGUAUAUAGGAUUGGUAGCAGUGUGGAGUUUGAUUGGUGUGCUGUGGGCUGUAUUAGAGAACUAAGGAAGAUAGGCAGAAAGACAAUCAUGGUCAACUACAAUCCAGAAACUGUCAGCACUGAUUAUGACAUGUGUGAUCGACUCUACUUUGAUGAUCUGUCAUUUGAGACUGUGAUGGAUAUAUAUGAAAUGGAGAACCCUGAGGGUAUUAUCCUGUGUAUGGGGGGACAGCUCCCUAAUAACAUCGCCAUGGACCUACACAGGGCAAGGGCCAGAAUCCUUGGCACAUCCCCAGAGUCUAUUGACAAUGCUGAGAACAGGUUCAAAUUCUCCAGAAUGCUUGAUACAAUCGGUAUAUUGCAGCCAAAGUGGAAGGAACUUACAGAUGUGGAGGCUGCAAAGAAAUUCUGUGAAGAAGUAGAGUAUCCGUGUCUUAUCCGUCCUUCAUAUGUCCUAAGUGGCGCUGCCAUGAAUGUUGCACACACCUAUCAGGAUCUUGAGACAUUCCUCACUCAGGCCAGUGAUGUCUCAAAGGAUCACCCUGUAGUCAUAUCUAAGUUCAUCCUUGAAGCUAAGGAAAUAGACGUUGAUGCUGUUGCCGUAGAGGGGGAGGUGCUGUGCAUGGCAGUGUCUGAGCACAUAGAGAAUGCAGGAGUCCACUCUGGUGAUGCUUCACUGGUCACACCCCCUCAGGAUCUCAAUGAAGAGACACUUGAUAAGAUCAAGAUGAUUUGUUGUGCAAUAGGUCGAGAACUGGAGGUCACUGGACCAUUCAACAUGCAGCUCAUAGCAAAGGACAACCAGUUGAAGGUGAUAGAAUGCAAUGUUAGAGUGUCAAGGUCAUUCCCUUUCGUCUCCAAGACACUAGAUCAUGACUUUAUUGCCAUGGCAACCCGUGUUAUUGUUGGAGAAAAGGUGGAUCCUGUAAAUGUUUUGAGUGGGUGUGGACGAGUAGGAGUCAAGGUGCCAAUAUUUUCCUACUCGCGUCUUCCCGGGGCUGAUGUCCUGCUAGGGGUUGAGAUGGCCAGUACUGGUGAGGUAGCAUGUUUCGGAGAUGACAGAUAUGAGGCAUACCUCAAGGCUCAACUAAGCUCUGGCUUUAAGAUACCAAAGAAAAAUAUUCUGCUUUCCAUAGGCAGUUACAAGUCUAAGGUUGAGCUGUUGCCAACUGUGCGUACUUUGGAGAACCUUGGCUUCAACCUGUAUGCCUCUAUGGGGACUGCUGACUUCUACUCUGAACAUGGAAUCAAGUUGAAAGCCGUAGACUGGCCAUAUGAAGAUACAGGUGAACGCAGAGGCGAUGGGGACCAGCGAACAAUUGCCAACUAUCUCAUUGACAACCACUUUGAUCUUGUGAUCAACCUUCCUAUGGCCAAUAGGGGGUCCCGUCGGGCUGCCAGUUUUAUGACACAGGGUUACAGAGCAAGGAGAAUGGCUGUGGAUUACUCCGUGCCAUUAUUGACUGAUGUCAAAUGCACUAAAGUUCUCAUUGAGGCUUUGCGUCGUUUGGGAGGGGCACCAGCCAUGAAGACUCACAUUGACUGCAUAGCUUCACAGAGGGUGAUCCGAUUACCAGGUUUGAUGGAUGUACAUGUCCAUCUGAGGGAGCCAGGUGCAACCCACAAGGAAGACUUCGCCUCAGGGACAGCAGCCGCCCUGGCAGGAGGGGUCACUCUCAUCCUUGCCAUGCCCAACACAAGCCCCGCUAUCACUGAUGGAGCAACAUUUGCCCUUGCACAAAAGCUUGCAAGACUGGGAGCGAGAUGUGAUUAUGGAAUAUUUGUUGGAGGGAGUUCUGAGAAUGCUACAGAACUGCCAUCUAUUGGUGAAGCAGCAGCUGCUUUGAAGAUGUACCUUAAUGAGACAUUCACAACACUUAGGAUGGACCAUAUGACAGAUUGGAUGAAGCAUUUUGAGAACUGGCCGAAGCACAUGCCACUUUGUGUCCAUGCUGAGAGCAGAACAACUGCAGCUGUAUUAUUACUGGCGGAACUCUAUCAGAGAUCUGUCCAUAUCUGCCAUGUGGCUCGCAAAGAAGAGAUCUUAGUCAUUCGGGCUGCUAAAGAGAAGGGGAUUGACGUGACGUGUGAAGUUGCUCCGCACCACCUUUUCCUCACCUAUAAUGACCUCGAUGUGAAAGGUCGCGGCAAAGUCUGCCCGAGCUUGUGUUCACCAGAGGACCAGCAGGCAUUGUGGGAUAAUAUGGACAUCAUUGAUUGUUUCGCAACAGAUCAUGCACCUCAUACAGUUGAAGAGAAGAACAGCGCCACCCCUCCCCCAGGGUUUCCAGGCCUAGAGACAUUAGUCCCCUUGUUACUGACUGCAGUCAAUGAUGGAAAACUCACCAUUGAGGAUGUUGUGGAAAGGUUAUACACAAACCCAAAGAAGAUCUUCAACCUGCCUGAUCAGCCGGACACAUAUGUUGAAGUUGAUAUGGAUUCUAAUUGGACAAUCCCUGAAACUAUGAAGUUCACAAAAUCAAAAUGGACGCCAUUUGCAGGGAUGAAAAUGAGCGCAAGUGUUCGCCGUGUUGUUCUGAGAGGAGAGGUUGCUUAUAUUGAUGGACAGGUACUUGCCCAACCUGGGUAUGGUGUGGACAUUAGAACACUGCCACAACCUCAACGUCCUGUCAUCAAGACCCCUGAGAAACCUACCCCUACAAUUCAGAUGCCAUCAGGCCCAUACAUUUCAGGACCCCCCAGUCCCCAGAGACAAUUUGUCCAUGGGGGAUCAGGAGAUAGCACUGGAAUCAAGCAACCCGUCCUGCCACGUGUUACACGCCUCCUUAACAUGGACAGUAAUGUAUUGGAUGCUCCCUUCCGUGAAUUCCUUGCACCUAUAUCAGUCAGUGUCAGUGGCGACAGUGUCAAGUCUACUAGAGAUUCUAUGGUCACCCCACCACACAUUAUUCAACCACAGAGUCAUCCAUUCCACAUCCCUGGGCUUACUGGCCACCACAUUCUGACAGUUGAUUCCUUGAACAGAGACCAGCUCCAUCCAUUGUUUAACCUUGCACACAACUUGAAGAUUGCUGUACUCAAAGACAAACCUGGUCUCGACACUGUAUUGAAGGGCAAAGUAAUGGCCUCUAUGUUCUAUGAGGCCAGCACUAGGACUAGCUGUUCAUUCACGGUGGCAAUGCAGAGACUUGGUGGCACCGUGGUACACUUCAAUGAAAUCGAUUCAUCAGCCACAAAAGGAGAGACUCUCUCAGACACUAUAAUGAUGAUGGCAGCCUACACUGAUAUGAUUGUACUGAGACAUCCCCAACCUGGAGCUGUUGCUCAAGCUGCAAAGAACUGCCGCAAACCAGUGAUCAAUGCUGGGGAUGGGACAGGAGAGCAUCCUACACAGGCUUUACUAGAUGUGUUCACCAUUAGAGAGGAGAUAGGAACAGUCAAUGGAUUAACUAUCACGAUGGUUGGUGACUUGAAACAUGGUCGUACAGUUCACUCACUAGCGAGACUCCUUUCUCUCUAUCGCGUCAACUUGCGCUAUGUGUCCACGGGCGGCCUAGGAAUGCCUCAGGAGAUCAAAGAUCUAAUUAGCUCUCGUGGGAUUUCCCAGCAGGAGUACGAGUCCCUUGAAGACGCUCUACCUGACACUGAUGUUCUUUAUAUGACUCGCAUACAGAAAGAAAGAUUCACCAGUGAUGAGGAUUAUCAGAGGGCUUGUGGAUUGAAUGUCGUGACACCCCAUCUGAUGGUGAAAGCCAAGAGAAAGAUGAUAGUGAUGCACCCUCUGCCAAGGGUCUUUGAAAUUGAUCCAUUGUUUGAUACUGACCCAAGAGCAGCUUACUUUAGACAGGCAGAGCAUGGAAUGUAUGUGAGGAUGGCCCUGCUGGCAAUGGUGCUUGGAAGGUCUUAGGCAUCUAAACUCGUCAAAGGAAAUCUUUAAACAGUGAAUGGAGUGACAUCUUUCCACAUCGGUGCCUAUUAGUACAAUGCAUGUACUUACAUUUUUGCAUAUAUGAGUUAGAACAACACAGAGUGACAUCUUAGAUUAACUCUAAGAACAAAACAUUAAAUGAAAUUUUCAUUCUUGAGAAGGAUGUGGGGAGGUAUUUUGCAUAUAUACACGAUGAAAUAAAUGCACAUGAAAGAGCGAUAUGCACCUUAAACUGAAAAAAUUCUUAUGAAGAAUUUCACAAGGCCACUGCCCAAUUAUGGCAUCGUAAUAUUCCAAUUGAAAUACAUUGCAAACAGUUGAUCACUGACUGAAAAUUUAUAAAAAAAACUCGCAGAUAGUGUGUAGUCAUUUCUGCUACUGCGUACUGAUACUGCAAAAUGCACAUAUUAAAAGUUGAAAAUGAAGAACUUCUUUAUGAAUAAUAAAAAAAGAAAUUUGCAUUCCUUUGAGUCCAUAUUGUAACAUUUUUAUUCGUGUCUACGUAAUUUGUAAAAACAUAUCCAGAGGUUUAUUCUUUUAUCUUGUAUUAGGAAAUAUAAAUAUUGAAAAUGCUUAUAGUAUAAGAGAUAGACCUAAAUCUUAGAAUGGAAUAUAACAUUCAAUUUGAAAUGCACAAUUCUUCAUAAUGAAGCCUACUACUAGUAUAGGACAUUUAUAUAUUAUAUGUAUUGGGAGAGUCCUAUAAUAGUGAACAAAUUUUUCAGAAAAAAUUGUUUGUGCCAACUGCCCAGCAGAAGACAUGUACUUGUUUAAUAAAUUGUAUUAACAAAUGGUACAAAAAAUAAUAUAAAAAUAUUGGAUUUAAUUCAAUGAGGUUUAGCUUAAUGAAGUGAUAACCAUUUUGUAUGCAUACCUGUAAACAAAAACAUGUGACUAUUCCUUAACCUCUUGAAUACCAAGAUGUUCUUUGCCAUUUUUCUCAGGAAAUAUAUGUUAUGCAACAUUGGAAAGCACAGUUAAAAUAGACUUGUCAAACAAAAAUAAAUAAAUAAACUGAAUAAAUAAUGAUGAAGAGAGCAAUUCUACAGUGAUAAAUGAUGCAACAUAUAUUCUCCAUCUUGAUAUUCCUGAGGUUAAGAUUAAUACAGUGUGUCCAUAAAAUUUCUUGACAAGGGUUAGAGACUUUGGAUUGUACUUGUAAAGAAACUUUAUGGACAUCCUGUAUAGUAACUGACAUAGAUGAAACAUUCCAUGUGAAUCAGUAUAUGAUCUGUUAUUAAGAUUGCCAAAUUUUCUUCAUAUUUGUAUUAAAAUGUAUGUUUGGCUUACAUAGUGAUCCUAUGGAAUCACGUAUCCCUCAAUCUCUCAUAAUUUGACAUACUUUGAAAGUUGACCAAUUUUUAAAAAUGCAUGAAGAACCACUAUGUAAGCCCUGAAUUAUUAUGAAUAUGAGACGUCAGCUUGAGGUCACUCCUUGUUUUCUAAAAGUUGGAACUGUGAAUUCUAAUGUGAACAAAACUGGAUUGGGGGUAAAAUAUUCAUCAUAUAUACAACCUGUCAUUGCCACAUCAGAUUGCAGGAAAUCACACAAUGAUUUUUUGUCAUAGAAUAAUAUCAUGACUCAGUCUACUGUUUAAUGUAAUCUUUUUAUUAUUGUCUCAAUGGAGGUUUUACAUGGCUUAUUACCUGGACAUUGUAUACAUGAUACAAUUUAUGUCAUCAAUUGAAUAUGGAUUUGAAAUAAAUAGGGGAAA